AUGAAUGGGAGAAAGAAUGAGAAUUGUUCGGGAACUAAGAAUGUGACGACGAGUGUUGGCAUUUUUGUAAUGGACCCCUCAAAACCACCUCCGAAAAUCAAGUCAUGGUUGCACGUGCUGGAAAUCGAUGGAGGAGAGGUAGGAAAGGAUCCUAAUGGGACAGUGUUUCUCAUUGCCACUAAAUACUCAUCAGAGCUGGAUGCCUCGACUUUGGUUGUGGGAAGAGUCCUCGAGGGAAUGGAUGUUGUAAAGCGAAUAAGCUGUGCAAGAGAACACAGGCUCUCCUUACUUCGGGGUAGCAAAGCUACUAAGAGAUAA